AUGGCCUCUUUCGCACCCUACGCCUACAUACAAUGUCCCUGCACAGAAUCCAACCUUCCUACGCGUCGAUUAGGUUCUGAAAGCCCAACAGACCCAUUGGAAACCGAACAGGAAGAGCCCACCUUCGAUCCACGAGCUCCGCGAGCAAACUACAGCUUAUAUCCCCUGGAACAUCUCCUAUAUUGCGAAGACUGCCACCAGAUACGAUGUCCGCGCUGUGUGAUAGAUGAGUUAGUUGCAUGCUAUUGCCCGAAUUGUUUAUUCGAGGUUCCGAUUAGCACGGUUAAGAGUGAGGGGAAUAGAUGUACGCGAAGUUGCUUCCAAUGCCCUAUAUGUAUCGGGCCUCUAUCUGUUAGUAGUAUUGAAGCGCAGCGCGAUGGUCUCGGAGCCGAAUUUGCUGCGUAUGGAGGGCCGUAUGUGCUGAGCUGUGGAUUCUGCAACUGGAGUUCCGACGAAAUAGGGAUACAACUGGACAAGCCGAAUUCCAUCUAUAACCAGCUGGCGAAGAUAAGGCACGGUGGGAAAUCGCUUACCAACGCGCGAGAGCGACGGAAGGAGCGCGAAGAGCGAAGCAAAUUGGGGUACAGCCCGACAAUCGAGGAAGAGGGAGGAUCAGAGGACGGCCAAGAAAAGACGGAUUUGAACGCCACCGAAGAUUUUGAUGCUGAAAGCCAGUUUGGAAACUUGAAGGCCUUCUAUCAGGCGCAAUUGUCGGAGUCUUCGCCAGUCAGUAGCUUGGGGCUUCCGGGAGAUUAUAGCUAUGGAUCACCGGGGGCAUUAUCGAGAAUUAUGGGUCUCUAUACAGGAAGCAGUUUCGCAGACAAGAAGUCACGGACGAAGAAGGGUAUCAUGAGGGAAGCACGAGAUGCGCCCGAGGGCUUACACAUAUUCUCGCCCUCAUCAGACGAAGAAGCCGUCAACCGCCUCCGCACUGAGGGUUGGGGUAACACGGUCUCUACCACACAACGAAAAGAGCAAUCAGAGCAAAACACGCAUUUCCUAUCCGACCUCCGUCCUAUACCCUACCUCCUCCGGACCAGGCGCUCAAAGCGCUGCAAAACAUGCCGCCACAUCCUCUCAAAACCAGAAUCAAAAGUCCACUCCACACGCUUCCGAAUCCGGCUCGUGGCCCUAAAUUACAUCCCCAGCAUCACCAUCAGGCCGCUCCAAACCUCUAGCUCGAGCCUGCUCAGGCCCAUGAAGCCUACGCAAUUCCUUCUCACGUUCAAGAACCCCCUUUUCGACAGCGUGAAGGUUAAUAUAGCUACCGCGGCUAAAACACCAGGGCGCUUCUCGAGUAAAGUCACUGUAUUGUGUCCGCAAUUCGAGGUAGGUGCUAAUACGGAUGCUUGGGAAGAAGCCCUACGAGAAGGAGGCAACAAAGGCGGGGAACGGGAGAAGCGGAGAACGAAAGCAGAAGCCAGUGAAGGCCAGCAUCAAGCUGAGGCUGGGAAGGUGUGGGAGCGGGGUAGGAACUGGGUCAGUGUUGUGGUGGAGGUUAUCCCUGCUUCCCUAAGAGUGCAAGCACCGGCGUUCUUGAAGAGUGAGGAGUUACAGAAGGACGAGAGUCCGUUGAGGGAGGAUGAGGAUGUCCUGGAGAUUCCAGUUUUUGUUAGGGUGGAAUGGGAGGCUGAUCCUACACAUGAUGAUACAGGAGGUUUGGCGGCCGCGGGGGCGAAGGAUAAGGAGGUUAAGGAGAAGAGGGAAUUGGCGUAUUGGUGUGUUUUGGGGAUUGGGAGGAUUGCUCGGGAUUGA